GCGUCUCGUCCUUUGGGAGGACCCAAACCGAUGUCCAGGAACAAACGUCCCAGAGGUCGAAGGUAUACUCUGUCCGGUAGAGCUCAGACGGUUCUUUCAACAGUCCUGGAGGACAUCAUCGAGAAAACCUUGGAGGACGCGAGGAAAAUGGCGGAAUCGGCCGGAAAAGAACGCGUGUCUAUUGAAGAGGUGGAAAAAGCUUUGAGGAAGCUCUGCCAACAUCUACACCCGGACGCCACGUUCUUCAGCGAUGAUAUCGGGUCAACAGGGCUAGGAUCAGGAUCUUUAAUAGGGCCUGGCAGCAAGAAGCCAAUUUGUCGGAAAUAAAAUAGUCAAUGAACGAUCACUGUCACCGCGAGUACGUCUCGUUCGUCCAUUUGGCGUUUUUGUAAAUUCUGGUGGUAAUUAUUUCGGUCUCAUGUCGAUUACUAUUGAAAAGAGAAAUAAAAUGCGUCCGAGGAA